AAAACCAGAACCCGAACUCAAACCGAACCGAAAAUGGCCAAUCCGUUCCUGAUGGACGACGAUCUGGAUGGCGGCGAUAUGGCCGCCAAUCCCUUCCUAAUGCAGUCAGAGCCGGAGGCGGGCGACUCCGAGUCGAAUCCGUUCGGUGAGGCAGCCAGCAGUGCCAGCGUCAGCGCCAGUGCCAGUGCCGGCUCCAAUCCGUUUGCCUUUGGCGGCGACGAUCUCGAGCCGGAGCCAGAGCCACCGAUCAAUGACAUUGAUCCGGCCAUGAGCUUCUUUGGCACCACCAUAGAGGCGGAGGACGAUGCCCUCAGCCUCAAGUCUGUCGUCGGUGAGGAGGAGGACGAUGCCACCGGCGGCGGCGGCAAGAAACAGCCACCGCCUCCGCCACGACCACAGCCGCCGCAGAGCACACAGGAUCUGAUCAGCACGGUGUCCAGCCAGCUGGACGACACCUCCGCGGAGCUGCUGGGCCGCAUACCCGCCACCCGAUCGCCCAGCCCCGUCUCCAUGCGCGACCUCCACUCGCCCAGCCCCACUCCGGACUCGGGCCUGGCCGAUCUGCUGGAUGUCUCCGACAGCGGCUCCAAUAACCAGAUAAUGGAUCUGGAUCUCAUUGGGGGAGUCACUGCGGGCACGACAAUCCCUUUUGCGGUGCCCACGGCUGUGCCCAGCCUGCAGGGGGCCACGCCCAUGCCCUCGCCGGCCAAACACCAGCCGCCGCGUCCCCCGCCGCCACGCCCAGUGCCGCCAAGGCCAACGCCACCCGCCCACAUGGUGCAGCAUGGCCAGCAGCAGCCGGCACCACCGCCGCAGCGUCCCCCGCCGCCGUCAGCGACCGCGCCAGCGCCAGUGCCAGCGCCGGACUCGGAGGAUCUGCUGGACAUGUUCGGCACGACCAGCGGCAAGCCGGCCAAGCCACCGCCGCCCAAGAGCAAGGAGGACAUCCUCAGCCUUUUCGAGGCGCAGCCACAGCCCGUGGCCAAGCCCGAUCUCCUGCAGGAUGAUCUUCCCCAGGCGGUGGCCAGCUCCGACGAGGAGCGCGACCGCGAGCGCGAUACGGAGAACAAUGGCGGCGAUGGCGACGAAGAUGACGAUGGGGAGGACAAGGAUGAGCCCAUCUUCACGUCUGUGCUGACGCGGCCGGACGAGAGCACCCAUGACAUCACCUGCCAGCCGCAGGCGGCGACCCUGGCCCUGGCCCUCAUGGCAGCGCCCCAGGACACGACAGGCCGACAGAGGGCGCCCACGCCGGACAUUGAGAUCACCACGGUGGAGGAUCUGCCCCGCUCCGAUGACGAGGAUGAGCCAGAACCGGAACCACAGCCAGAGCCAGAGCCGAAACCAGCAGCAGCAGCUCCCGAUCAGCCGGCAAACGAAGACGAAGAAGCUGAGGCCGAGGCCGUGCCCCAACCGGAGGCAGAGGCAGUGGCAGUGGCAGAGGCGGCGCCAGCUGCGGCUGUGGAGUCGGAUCACACUGGAUCCCCGCCCACUGAGUCACAGCCAGCGUUCGACACCACCAUGGAGCUGGCCGGCGACGAGCCCGAGCAGAUGGACACGGGCCUGGACUUUCCAUUGGGUAGCGGUGGCCUGGCCAGCGGCCAGCUCUCGGCCAAUCCCUUCGCCAGUCCCGAGGAGGAGGACGAGCCGGGCUUCGUGCCCGCUGCAGUGGUGGGCAACAUAUUCUCCGUGGACGAUGCAGAGCCGGAGGCGGUGGCGGAGGCGGAGGCGGAGGCGGAGGCCGUGCAGCAGGCGCCCAGAUAUGGGGCCAACAUCUUUGCCGUCGAGCCGGACGAGUUUGACGCCUUCUCGGCCAAGUUUGAUUCCGUGAAGAAGGACAACAUCAGCAUCCUGGACGGCUUCGGGGGCUCUGGGGCCAUCACGCCCACGGGCGGAGGAGACGCUUGGGGCGACAGCGCCUUUGGAUCGGCCACCAUUUCGGCGGGCAAUGCCUUCGGCGACGCCCCGUCGGCGGACGAUGGCUUCGGGAACGAGGACGAUGACUUCUAUGCGAUGCGGGCGCCCGUGCGGGCCGAGUCCGUGGAGUCGGUGGACAAGGAAUUCAGCGUGGUGAUCCGCCCCAAGGCGGAGGGCACUGGCGGAGUGGCACCGCAGCUGGCGCCACCCCCGCCGCCAGCCAGGUCGGCCGUGCAGGCGGCCAGUCAAUCCUCCUCGCCGCCGGCGACAGUCAAUCCCUUUGAGGAUGUGACCGGAUUUCCAGCUCCACCAGCAGCAGCAGCAGCAGCAGCAGCAGCGGCAGAAGCAGCUGCCACAGAUGGGGGCGAGGCGGGGGGCAUCAAGCGCACAGACUCGCAGGACACGCCACAGACGCCGCUGUACGACGAGGAUGUGUCACAGCCGCUGGAGGAGUUCCCGCGCCUCAACUACGUGGGUCCCGGCUGGGAGAUGCAGCUGCGGCAGCCAAACAAGAAGAAGAUCACCGGCCAGCGCUUCUGGAAGAAGAUCUUUGUGCGCCUGGUGGUGCAGAACGAUGUGCCGGUGGUGCAGCUGCUGAACCAGCCGGGGGACAAGCAGCCGUUCCAGGAGCUGCCGCUGCAGCCCUCCUACUCGGUGUCGGAGAUCGGGGCCCAGCAGUACGAUCAGUUCGGCAAGAUCUUCACCAUGAAGCUGCAGUACAUCUUCUACAAGGAGCGGCCCGGCGUCCGGCCCGGCCAGGUGACCAAGGCGGAGCGCAUCACCAACAAGCUGACCAAAUUCGCCCAGUACGCCAUCGCCGGCGACUACGAGGGCGUGAAGGAGUUCGGCAGCGACCUGAAGAAGCUCGGGCUGCCGGUCGAGCAUGCGCCGCAGUCGUCGCAGCUCUUCAAGAUCGGCUCGAUGACCUACGAGGACAUGAAGCAGUUCUCCGUCUGCAUUGAGGAGGCCCUCUUCAAGCUGCCGGCACUGCGCGAACGGGCCCUCACCUACAAGAUGGAGGAGGUGCAGGUGACGGCCGUCGACGAGAUCACCGUCGAGCAGGACAGCGAGGGCAAGAUCCUCAAGCAGAUCGCCCGUGUCCGGCUCUUCUUCCUGGCCUUCCUCACCGGCAUGCCCACCAUCGAGCUGGGCGUCAACGAUAUGUGGCGGCAGGGCAAGGAGGUGGUCGGCCGCCACGACAUCAUACCCGUGGCCACCGAGGAGUGGAUUCGCCUCGAGGCGGUCGAGUUCCACAGCGUUGUCAAUCAGCAGGAGUACGAGCGAACGCGCACCAUCAAAUUCCAGCCACCCGAUGCCAACUACAUUGAGCUGCUGCGCUUCCGGGUGCGUCCGCCAAAGAAUCGCGAACUUCCGCUCCAGCUGAAGGCCACCUGGUGCGUCACCGGCAACAAGGUGGAGCUGCGCGCCGACAUUCUGGUGCCCGGUUUCACCUCCCGCAAGCUGGGCCAGAUACCCUGCGAGGAUGUCUCGGUGCGCUUCCCCAUACCCGAGUGCUGGAUCUAUCUGUUUCGCGUGGAGAAGCAUUUCAGGUAUGGGUCGGUGAAGUCGGCCCAUCGACGGACGGGCAAGAUCAAGGGAAUUGAACGGAUCCUCGGCGCCGUCGAUACGCUGCAGGAGUCGCUAAUUGAGGUCACCUCGGGCCAGGCCAAGUACGAGCAUCACCAUCGGGCGAUUGUCUGGCGGUGUCCACGCCUGCCCAAGGAGGGUCAGGGGGCAUAUACCACACAUCAGCUGGUGUGCCGCAUGGCACUGACAUCGUACGACCAGAUACCCAGUGAACUGGCGCCAUACGCAUUCGUGGAGUUCACUAUGCCCGCCACGCAGGUCUCGCAUACCACCGUGCGCUCCGUGAGUGUCCAGGACUCGGACGCCGACGAGCCACCCGAGAAGUAUGUCCGCUACUUGGCACGACACGAGUACAAGGUUGGCAUCGAGACCACGCACGGCGAGUCCACGAACGCGUAUUUGGCGGCAACGCGUCCCAUUAAGGAGGAGACCGCCAAGGAGGUGGCCGCCAAGCCGGUCGCCUCUCCGGUCCCUCCCAGCGACUCGGACACGGACUCCAACUAAGCGGAGACAUCGGCUUUCUGUAGAUAUUCCUCGUGUGCAUGGUUAACCCCCCAAAUCGUUCUUGUUAUAUACAUAUAUAUAUACACCACAUAGAUAUAUCUGCCCCUAUAUAAUAUACCAU